AUGGCGCCCGGCAUCUUAGAAACAGAUUCUGGAGAGGUGGCGAUCGAGAAGGUCACCUCGCUGGCUGAGUUGACCGAGGAAUGGGACGAUACUCUUCGGUUUUAUCUCAACGGGACCAAGGUCGCUGUCGAUGAUGUCAACCCAGAAGUCACCCUGUUGGAAUACCUCCGCGGGGUUGGGUUGACGGGAACAAAGCUUGGCUGUGCCGAGGGAGGUUGUGGAGCGUGCACUGUGGUAGUAUCGCAUAUCAACCCCACUACAAAGAAGAUUUAUCAUGCGUCCGUCAACGCCUGUAUCGCCCCGCUGGUCAGCAUCGACGGAAAACACGUUAUCACCAUUGAAGGAAUUGGAAAUGUGAAUAAUCCACAUGCAGUACAGCAGCGACUGGCUGUCGCCAACGGCAGCCAGUGUGGAUUUUGCACUCCUGGAAUUAUCAUGAGUCUAUAUGCUUUACUUCGCAAUGACCCCGUCCCCGAUGAACAUGCCGUCGAGGAGGCUUUUGAUGGCAAUCUGUGCCGUUGCACUGGCUACAGGCCCAUCCUUGACGCCGCCCAGAGCUUCAACUCGCGCAAUAACUGCGGUAAAGCAAACGCCAAUGGAGGCUCUGGCUGCUGUAUGGAAAAGAAUGGCGGCGGUGGCGGGGGAUGUUGCAAGGGAUCAUCUGCAGCUAUCGACGAUGGAAAACCGGAACCCAAAUUCCCAGCUCCCGACUUCAAGGCUUAUAACCCUGAUACUGAGCUGAUCUUCCCAGCCUCGCUGCGAAAGCACGAGUUCAGGCCGUUAGUAUUCGGCAAUAAGAGAAAGAAGUGGUACAGACCAGUAACAGUUGAACAACUCUUACAGAUAAAGAGUGUUCACCCUGACUCGAAAUUAAUUGGCGGAAGUACAGAGACGCAGAUUGAGAUUAAGUUCAAGGCUAUGCGCUAUGCUGCUUCCGUUUACGUGGGCGAUAUUCCUGAGCUGAGGCUAUACCAGUUCCACGAUGAUUACCUUGAAAUUGGUGCCAAUAUAUCUUUGACUGAUUUGGAAACUGUUUGCGAGGAGGCUGUGAAGCGUUAUGGACCUGUUCGCGGCCAGCCUUUCAAAGCUAUCAAAAAGCAGCUGCACUAUUUUGCUGGACGACAGAUCCGAAAUGUUGCAUCUCCAGCUGGCAAUCUGGCAACUGCAUCGCCCAUUGCAGAUUUGAACCCGUGUUUGGUUGCAACAAACUCUACCCUUAUUGCGAAAUCUCUCUCGGGAGAUAAGGAGAUUCCCAUGACGGAAUUCUUCCAGGGAUACCGCAAAACCGCUUUGCCCCAGGAUGCCAUCAUCGCUGGCCUUCGAAUUCCCGCUGCUGCUCCCAGGGGCGAAUUCUUCCGUGCUUACAAGCAGUCGAAGCGCAAGGAUGACGAUAUUGCUAUUGUAACAUCCGCACAGCGUGUUACAUUAUCUGAAAGCAACGAUGUCACUAGCUGUAAUCUCAUCUUUGGUGGUAUGGCAGCCAUGACUGUUCCUGCAAAGAAGGCAGAAGCUGCUUUGCUUGGCAAGAAGUUCACCAACCCCGCAACCCUAGAAGCAGUGAUGAGAGCCUUGGAAGAAGACUUCGAUCUUCCCUUUGGAGUGCCUGGCGGUAUGGCAACUUACCGCAAGUCUUUGGCCUUGGGAUUCUUCUACCGAUUCUACAAUGACGUCCUGUCAAGCCUCGAAGUGAAGUCAUCUGAUGUAGACCCGGAUGUCAUCGCUGAAAUUGAGAGAGCCAUCUCUUCAGGAGAGAAGGAUCAUGAGGCGUCCGUCAAGUACCAGCAAAAGAUUCUCGGUCAGGCCACCCCUCAUAUCUCUGCACUCAAGCAAGCUACCGGUGAAGCGCAGUACACCGACGACAUCCCCGUUCAGAUGAACGAAUUGUUCGGCUGUAUGGUUUUAUCUACUAAGGCCCACGCUAAGAUUCUCAGCGUCGAUCCUUCAGCUGCAUUGGACAUUCCUGGCGUGGUCGAUUAUGUUGACCACACAGACUUGCCCAACGCUGCAGCAAAUUGGUGGGGAGCGCCUGUAUGCGAUGAACAGUUCUUUGCUGUCGACGAGGUUCAUACCGCUGGACAGCCCAUUGGUGUUAUUCUCGCUAAAUCUGCCAAGAUUGCAGAAGAGGGCAUGCGUGCUGUCAAAGUCGAGUAUGAGGAUUUGCCUGUCAUUCUUACUAUCGAGGAGGCUAUUGAAGCUGAGUCAUUCUUCGAGCAUUAUCGUUUCAUCAAGAACGGUGACGUCGAUGAAGCCUUCAAGAACGCCGAUCAUGUUUUUGAAGGCGUUUCGCGAAUGGGUGGACAAGAGCAUUUCUAUUUGGAAACACAAGCAUGUCUCGCCAUUUGGAAGCCCGAGGACGGUGAAAUGGAGGUCUGGAGUGGUACUCAGAACCCAACUGAGACACAAGCCUACGUUGCCCAGGUCACGGGAGUCGCAGCAAACAAGAUUGUAUCCCGCGUCAAGCGCCUUGGUGGUGGCUUCGGCGGCAAGGAGACUCGCUCCGUCCAGCUGGCUGGUAUCUGCGCUACUGCAGCUGCAAAGCUGAAACGACCGGUUCGCUGCAUGCUUAAUCGUGAUGAGGAUAUCAUCACCUCAGGCCAACGUCACCCAUUUAUGUGUAAAUGGAAGGUUGGCGUUAGCAAGGAAGGAAAGAUCUUGGCACUUGAUGCCGAUGUGUACGCCAACGGUGGUCAUACCCAAGAUUUGUCCGGUGCUGUCGUCGAGCGAAGUUUGUCACAUAUCGACGGCGUGUACAAGAUUCCCAAUAUCUUCGUGCGCGGUCGCAUCUGCAAGACAAACACUGUUUCCAAUACUGCGUUCCGUGGCUUCGGUGGACCACAAGGUCUCUUCUUCGCGGAGUGUUAUAUCUCGGAGAUUGCGGACCAUCUCAAUAUCCCAGCAGAGGACAUGCGUGCUAUGAACAUUUACAAGCCUGGCGAAACCACCCACUUCAACCAGGAGCUCAAAGACUGGUAUGUACCUUUGAUGUACAACCAGGUUCUAGAAGAGAGCAACUACAACGAACGACGAAAAGCCGUUGAAGAAUACAAUAAGCAGCAUAAAUGGUCUAAGCGUGGAAUGGCCAUCGUGCCGACGAAAUUCGGUAUCUCUUUCACAGCUUUGUUCCUGAACCAAGCAGGUGCCUUGGUACACAUCUACCACGACGGAAGUGUACUCGUGGCUCAUGGCGGCGUUGAAAUGGGACAAGGUCUUCAUACGAAGAUGACCAUGAUCGCUGCCGAGGCUCUCCAGGUACCUCAGGAUAAUGUCUACAUCACAGAGACUGCCACCAACACUGUCCCCAACACAUCUUCUACUGCUGCCUCGGCUAGUUCCGAUCUGAACGGCUAUGCUAUCUUCAAUGCCUGCGAACAGCUUAACGAACGUCUUAAACCGUAUCGCGAGAAGAUGCCCAACGCCACAAUGAAAGAACUCGCCCAUACAGCCUACUUCGACCGAGUCAAUCUCUCUGCACAGGGAUACUACCGCACCCCUGACAUUGGCUACACCUGGGGAUCCAACUCUGGACAGAUGUUCUUCUACUUUACACAAGGCGUGACGGCCUGUGAGGUCGAGAUUGAUACCUUGACUGGUGACUGGACACCACUUCGUGCAGACAUCAAAAUGGACGUGGGUCGUACCAUCAACCCGUCCAUUGACUACGGUCAAAUCGAAGGUGCCUACGUCCAAGGUCAAGGAUUAUUCACAACAGAAGAGAGUCUCUGGCACCGUGCAUCAGGACAGAUCUUCACCCGCGGACCGGGUAACUACAAGAUCCCAGGAUUCCGUGAUAUUCCCCAGGUUUUCAACGUCAGUCUACUUAAAGAUGUUGAAUGGGAGAAUCUUCGCACAAUUGCGCGCUCGCGUGGUAUUGGAGAGCCACCUUUGUUCAUGGGCAGCGCUGCUUUCUUUGCUAUUCGUGACGCAUUGAAGUACGCCCGUAAACAGUGGGGCGUUGAUGAGGUCCUCAGCUUGCGGAGCCCAGCAACGCCCGAGCGUAUCCGAAUCAGCUGCGCUGAUCCCAUUGUCGAACGGGCACGGGUUCAGCCAAAGGAAGGCGAGAAGCCCUUCUUUGUUGAGAUUUAA